UUGCAGGGGGCUGAGCUUUAGUAAAGGGUGUGUAGAGUAAGCGAACUAUAGACGUAUGGAGCUAACAGGGGAGUCAAAGUUGGCUAUGGACAUAUUGGAUGAUGGUCUGGAUCUCUUUUCUUCAUUCUUUCCCCCACUCUCUCCUCCUGCUGAUCCAGAGACGCCUCUCCUCCCUUCUUUCUCAGCACCUCCAAAGCACUCAGGCCUCUCAUCCCUGCGGUACAAGACAGAACUGUGCACCAGAUAUGCAGAGAGUGGAUUCUGUGCUUACAGGAAUCACUGCCAGUUUGCCCAUGGUCUAAGUGAGCUCAGGCCUCCAGUUCAGCACCCCAAAUACAAGACCGAACUGUGUCGCUCCUUCCAUGUCCUUGGCACCUGUAACUAUGGCUUGCGUUGCCUGUUUAUUCACAGCCCCCAGGAGAGAAGGGAACCGCCAGUCUUACCUGAUGCCCUUAGUCUUCCACCACGCAAGCAUACUGGCCCUUAUAGGGAGCGAUGCCGCCUCUGGCGUUCUCCUGGUGGCUGUCCGUAUGGAGCUCUGUGCCACUUUCAGCAUCCAAAAAGUGUCCGUGAGGCUUGCCGUCACUUUGCUGCUCUUGGAAAAUGUCCAUAUGGAGCCCGUUGUCACUUCUCUCAUAGCCCUCCCCUUGACAGGUGGGGUUCAGGAACAAAGAAUAGCAGUGGGUCCCUCUCACCUUCAGAUCCUGACAGUGACCCCGAGACCCCUGUCCUCUCAGAAUCUCCAGCCAACAAUGCCUUCAGUUUUUUAAAUCUCUUCCUACCUCUUGCCCUGCGUCUGCAGAUUCUGGGAGAUGAGGAAGAUUUGCCUACUGCUACUGACCCACUGCCUGGAGAUGAUACUGACCCACUGCCUGGUGAUGAAGAAAUUGCUCGGGGUCUACUUUUUGUCCUCGGCUAACUUUUUUUUUUUUUUUUUUUUUUUUUUUUUUUUUUUAUGAAUGACUGGCACAAUGACUCCUCCUCUGGCAUAUAGUUAACAUGCAUGGCAUGUUUUUUUUUGUUUUAUUUUUUGCCAGCAGUGAGAAGCCAGUUUUUUAUUUACAACUUUUAGUGCUCUGCUGUAUAACCUUUAUUUAUUGCUCAUCUAGCUGCAGUUGUAAUAUUUUAAUAUUGGUCAUGUGGCUUGGUGGUUUUUUUUUUUUAAUUGAACAAUAUGGUUUUAUGUUACUAAUUAAAUUUAUGAUUUUUUAACUAAA